AUGGUUGUGCUGCAUGUGAAGCGAGGCGACGAGAGCCAGUUCCUGCUGCAGGCGCCGGGGAGCUCGGAGCUGGAGGAGCUCACGGUGCAGGUAGCCCGGGUCUACAACGCGCGGCUCAAGGCGCAGCGCCUCUGCUCAGAAAUGGAAGAAUUAGCAGAACAUGGCGUAUUUCUGCCUCCUAAUAUGCAAGGACUGACUGAUGAACAGAUCGAAGAAUUGAAAUUAAAGGAUGAAUGGGGUGAAAAGUGUAUCCCUAGUGGAGGCUCAGUAUUUAAAAAAGAUGAUGUUGGACGGCGGAAUGGACAAGCUCCAAAUGAAAAAAUGAAGCAAGUUAUAAAGAAGACUAUAGAAGAAGCCAAAGCAAUAAUAUCUAAGAAACAAGUGGAAGCCAAUGUCUGCGUGACCAUGGAGAUGGUGAAUGACGCCUUGGACCAGCUUCGAGGUGCCGUGAUGAUAGUUUAUCCCAUGGGGUUGCCACCGUACGAUCCCAUCCGGAUGGAAUUUGAAAAUAAAGAAGAUUUGUCGGGGACUCAGGCAGGGCUCAACGUCAUCAAAGAAUCAGAGGCACAGCUGUGGUGGGCAGCCAAGGAGCUGCGACGUACAAAGCAGCUUUCGGACUACGUGGGGAAGAAUGAGAAAACCAAAAUCAUCGUCAAGAUCCAGCAGAGGGGCCAGGGGGCUCCAGCUCGAGAGCCCAUCAUCAGCAGCGAGGAGCAGAAACAGCUGAUGCUGUACUACCACAGAAGACAGGAGGAGCUCAAGAAACUGGAAGAAAAUGAUGACGACUCCUGUUUAAAUUCUCCGUGGGCAGAUAACACUGCUUUGAAAAGACAUUUUCAUGGAGUAAAAGACAUAAAGUGGAGACCCAGAUGA